AUGUCUACUACCACUACAAUCACACGAACUGAGCCGAUUACUGCUGAGAGUAUUCUUCGACUUUUCCCAGAUAUCGAUACCAGCUCUGCGGAACUAGAUGGGCACGAUGAAGAACAAAUCAGAUUGAUGGAUGAAGUCUGCAUUGUUCUAGACGAGAAUGAUAAGCCUAUUGGAAACUUUAGCAAAAAAAUAUGUCAUCUCAUGACGAAUAUCGACAAAGGUCUCCUUCACCGUGCAUUCUCCGUCUUCCUUUUCAACUCCAAGAAUGAACUACUCAUCCAACAACGUGCAACGGAAAAGAUUACAUUCCCUGAUAUGUGGACCAACACCUGCUGCUCCCAUCCUCUUGGCAUACCAGGUGAAGGUGGUUCUGAAUUAGCUGAAGCUAUCAUGGGUGUUAAGAGAGCAGCUCAAAGAAAGCUUGAUCACGAACUCGGUAUCAAGACUGCGCAAGUACCUAUUGAGAACUUUAAGUUUCUGACGAGAAUCCACUACAAGGCACCCAGUGACGGAAAAUGGGGGGAGCACGAAAUUGAUUAUAUCCUCUUUAUUACCGCCAACGUUGACAUCGAGCCAAACAUGAACGAAGUCCGCGAUACUCGUUAUGUUACCGCCGAUGGACUCAAGACCAUGUUCAACGACCCUUCUUUGAAAUUCACCCCUUGGUUUAAGCUUAUUUGCAAUUCUCUCCUAUUUGAAUGGUGGCAACACAAAGAUACCGAUCUCGAAACAUAUAUGAAUGAGCAAGAAAUUAGAAGAAUGUGA